GCCUCCCCGUCUUCCUCAAACCUAACUGUGGUCGCGAUGUACCACAGGUUCAAAAUGGCAAACGACUGGCUGCUCUGGCUGACACUUUCAGCAGCGUUUGCAUCUUCUUUUAGCGGCCAAAGCCCCGUUCACAAUGGCCAGGUUUGCAGUACUUGGGGCAACUUCCACUUCAAGACAUUCGAUGGGGACCUCUUUCAGUUGCCCUCAAGCUGCAACUAUGUCCUGACGUCUCUGUGCGGUAGCAGCUUCCAGGACUUCAACAUCCAGAUGAGGAGGCAGCUGGUCGAUGGAACGCCCACCAUCAGCAGUGUGGUCAUGAAGCUGGACGGCAUGGCGGUGGAGCUAUCCAAGGGCUCCGUAGUCAUCAAUGGCGAGACCGCAAUUUUGCCAUUCAGCCAAUCAGGAGUCCUCAUUGAGAGAACGACCACCCACAUCAAAAUCAAAGCAAAGUUGGGACUGAGUGCCAUCUGGAAUGGGGAAGAUUCCUUCCUGGUCGAACUAGACACAAAGUACAAGAAUCAUACUUGUGGUCUUUGUGGAGACUUCAAUGGUAUGCACGAUGAGUUCUACAGCCAUGCUAUCAAGAUUUCCCCUCUCGAGUAUGCAAGCUUCUGGCAAAUGAACGGCCCAACAGAGACCUGCAAUGACUAUGAACUGGUUCCCGUGGAUAAAUGCACUAACAUGAGCUCUCUCUGCGAGCAGAUAUUCGCAGGGCCAGCCUUCACCAGCUGCCAGGGUCUGAUAGAUGUGGCCUCCCUCGCCAGUGCCUGUGUGGCUGAUAUCUGUCACUGCAGCAGCAGUACUACCAACACCAGCACAGAGAGCAAGCCCAACUCCCUGUGCCUCUGCAACACACUCUCUGAGUUCUCCAGACAGUGUGUUCAUGCCGGCGGAAAACCAAACCAGUGGAGGACCCUGGAGUUCUGCUGGAAGACUUGUCCCUUCAACAUGGAGUACCACGAGUGUGGAAGUCCCUGCGCUAACACAUGCAGCAACCCCGAUGCCAGCCAGACCUGUGACAGCCAUUGUACCGAUGGAUGCUUCUGCCCAGAAGGCAUGGUUGUGGACGACGUAACCAACCAAGGUUGUGUUCCACUGAAAAGCUGCCCAUGCAGCUACAACGGCAAGACCUACAUGCCUGGGGAGUCCUACCCCAGCAACUGCAAGACAUGUACGUGUCAUGGAGGCGGACAGUGGGACUGUAGAGACGGGGAGUGUCCAGGGACAUGCUCUGUAGAAGGAGGGUCUCACAUUAACACCUUCGAUGACAAGGUCUACACCUUCCAUGGAGAUUGCUCCUAUGUUCUGGCCAAGGACUGCAAAGGAAACCAGUUUCAGAUCCAGGCAGACCUGGCGCAGUGUGGACUGACUGAUAGUGAGACCUGUUUGCAGUCUGUCACCAUAGCCCUCACCGCCGAGAAAACAGUCAUCAGUAUCCAGCCCAGUGGCAAGGUGUACGUUAAUGGCAUCUACUCUCAGCUGCCUUUCUCUGCUGCUGGGAUAUAUGCCUUCAGGGCAUCUUCAUUCUUCUUGCUGGUUCACACCUCAUCUGGCCUGCAGCUGGAGGUCCAGCUUCAGCCCAUCAUGCAGCUCUACAUCACUGUCAACAAUGCAUACCAGGGCAAAACCUGUGGUCUGUGUGGAAACUUCAACAAGAACCAGGCAGAUGACUUCCUUAAGCUGAGCGGCGUGGUGGAUGCCACGCCUGUUGGCUUCGCCAACAGCUGGAAGACGCACGCAAGCUGCCUCGACAUUAAAAGCAAAUUUGAGGACCCAUGCAGUCUCAGUCUAGAAAAUGAAAAGUAUGCCAAGCAUUGGUGCACUCUGCUGACCGACCCUAGCGGUGUGUUCGCGCCGUGUCAUCCUGAGCUCAGCCCUGAAACCUACAGAUAUAACUGCAUGUAUGACAGCUGCAACUGUGAGAACAGCGAGGCCUGCAUGUGUGCUGCCAUCUCCUCCUACGUGCACGCGUGUGCUGCAGCGGGCAUCCAACUCCCAGACUGGAGAAACGGUGUAUGUGGCAAGUAUGCCACCACCUGUAGGGCCAGCUUGGUCUACAGCUAUGACAUCACUCAGCAAAGCCGCACGUGUCGUUGCCUCAGCCAGGCUGACCCCACAUGCCAUCUGACCUUCUCCUCUGUGGAUGGUUGUACUUGCGCGGAGGGCUUGUACCUGGAUGACACAGGAAAGUGUGUGACUGCUGAUGGCUGUCCAUGUUACGACAAGGACUCUGUGGUGCUGCCCGGGAAGGUUAUCAACAAGGACGGCGUUGUGUGUUCCUGUAAAGGGGGCAAACUCAGCUGCAUUGGACAGCUUUACCAAAUGCAAACUUGCGUGGCCCCAAUGGUGUUCUUCAACUGCUCCACGGCGGGCCCUGGGGCCAAGGGAACCGAAUGCCAGAAGAGCUGUGCCACUCUGGACAUGGCCUGUGUGAGCACACAGUGCAUUUCUGGCUGCGUGUGUCCAGAGGGGAUGGUGUCUGACGGUAAAGGAGAGUGCAUCCCAAUGGAGUCCUGUCCCUGUGUUCACAACAGCGCCACAUACCAGCCAGGAGAUAGCAUUAAGAUUGACUGUAACACAUGCACAUGCAAGCAGAGGUCAUGGCAGUGCAGUAAUAACCUGUGCUAUGGCAGAUGUUCUGUCUACGGAGAUGGCCACUUCAUCACUUUCGAUGAGAAGAGCUUCAACUUUGAUGGCAGCUGUGAAUACACACUUGCUCAAGACUACUGCAUAGGGCAAAGCAAUGGGACCUUUAGAGUCAUCACUGAGAACGUCCCCUGUGGAACUACAGGGACCACCUGCUCCAAGACCAUCAAAGUGUUCCUUGAGAACUCAGAGCUUAUUUUGACAGAAGGAACCUACCAGAUCUCAAAUGGAAAAGAAGAUGCAACACCGUUCCAUAUCAGUACUAUGGGGAUCUACCUUGUCAUUGAAGCAAACAAUGGCCUCAUCCUAAUGUGGGACAAGAGGACCAGCAUAUUUAUUAAGCUCAGCCCAGAUUGGAAGGGUCGUGUGUGUGGUCUGUGCGGUAACUACGAUGGGAAUGCCAAUAAUGACCUGACUACAAGGAGCAAUGCUGUGGUGACCAACCCGCUGUUAUUUGGAAACAGUUGGAAGGAUUCUGCAAGCUGUCCAAAUGCCGUGGCCCCAAAGAGCCCUUGUGCUAUGAAUCCUUACAGGCAGCCCUGGGCACAGAAGCAGUGCAGCAUCAUACAGAGCACAGUGUUCUCCGGCUGCCACUCAGUGGUGGAUCCAAGUCCUUACUACGAGGCCUGUGUGUUUGACUCAUGUGCAUGUGACAGCGGAGGAGACUGCGAAUGUUUCUGUACUGCUGUAGCAGCAUAUGCUCAGGCAUGCAAUGAAGCUGGAACCUGCAUACAAUGGAGAACCCCUGUGAUCUGUCCGUUAUUCUGUGACUACUAUAAUCCCCCUGGUGGAUGUGAGUGGCACUACAAGCCAUGUGGCUCACCUUGCCAGAAAACCUGCCGGAACCCCUUCGGCGGCUGCUCUACACAAAUACCUCCCCUAGAAGGUUGCUAUCCAAAAUGCCCUCCUGAGCAGCCAUUCUUUGACGAGGACAAUAUGAAGUGUGUUCAAAAGGACCAAUGUGGUUGCUAUGAUAAGGAGCAGGGCCACUUUAACACCGGUGACACAGUGCCAACAACAAAAAACUGCCUUUCAUGCUUGUGCAACCUCAUGACUAUCCAAUGCCGCUAUGAUGUCCAAGCCUGCACCUGCACAUACAAUGGAAAGAUAUAUGGAAUUGGAGAGACUAUCUACAACACAACAGAUGGGCUUGGUUCCUGCAUUACAGCAGUGUGUUCAAAGAAUGGUACCAUUGAUAGAGAUAUUUACCAGUGCUCUACAACCCCACCAAGAACAACUACCCCUAUAGCAACCAGCCACUUGACUACACCAUUUACAUUUACAACAAUCACUUCAGAACCCGUACCAUGCAGACCAUGUAAAUGGUCGGAAUGGUUUGAUACCAGCUUCCCUACGCUUGGAACUCCUGGGGGGGACUCUGAAACCUAUGAUAAGAUUCGAGCAGCUGGACACUCAAUAUGUGAUCAACCAAGUCAGAUUGAAUGCAGAGCCGAGAAGUUCCCAAACGUGACCAUAAACAAGGUGGGGCAGGUUGUGCAAUGUGAUGUGGCCCACGGACUAACAUGUAACAACCAAGACCAGGCGGGCCCGCUUGCUCUAUGCUUCAACUACCAGGUCAGAGUACUGUGCUGUGAUUAUGUUGCUUGUACUACACCCCAAAUUACAUCUAUAACUAGUGAAACUACAACACCUCUCACAGAGAGCCCGAAAACCUGUGAAACAGCAUGUGAUUGGUCAAAGUGGAUAAGCAUAGACUAUCCUGAGUAUGGCCAUGGAGGGGGGGAUAUUGAAAACAUUAAGACAAUUUUUGAGAAAGGUUAUGAUAUAUGCGAUGCACCAAUAGCUAUUAAGUGUCAAGCAGUACGUUUUCCAGGUGUGCCUCUCUCUGAAUUGGGACAAAAGGUAGAGUGUAAUACACAAGUUGGAUUAAUAUGUGAAAACAAAGAUCAAUUCCCACCCAUAUGUUAUGACUAUGAGAUAAAGGUGGAAUGCUGUAGGAAAGUGAAUUGCCCAACAACAAUCCAAACUUCUACGCAAGAAACAACGCCAUUUUCUACCACUUCACCUACACCAGUAACACCUACUAUAACACCGGUUACAACCACACCUACAACAAGUACUACUACAACAACAACUAUACCACCCACUAAUUCACUUACUAGUACAAGCCCAGCCACUCCAACCUGUCCUGGUACAAUAUUUUGUGAAUGGUCAGAUUGGUUUAAUCUUGGAGCACCAACAACUGGUCCAAAUGGUGGAGAAGAUGAAUCUAUCCAGAAGAUAAGAGCUGAUGGGCACGACAUCUGCUCAGCUCCUGAAGAUGUUCAGUGUAGAUCUGCUCUUUACCCAACUCUACCAAUCAAAGAUCUUGGGCAGACCAUAACUUGCAAUUCAAGGGUUGGACUAGUCUGUGAAAACAAAAUGCAGACUUCCAAACAAGACUGUUUGGACUAUGAGAUCCGAGUUAAGUGCUGCACCUGCCGUCCGAUUACAACUACAACAACUCCUUCAAUAACAACAACUGCACCACCUAUUACCACACCUGUUGUAACAACAACACCUACAACAACCGCUCCUAUGACUACUACAAUACCCACAACACCUCUCACAGAGAACCCAAAACCCUGUGAAACAGAAAGUGAAUUGCCCAACAACAAUCCAAACUUCUACGCAAGAAACAACGCCAUUUUCUACCACUUCACCUACACCAGUAACACCUACUAUAACACCGGUUACAACCACACCUACAACAAGUACUACUACAACAACAACUAUACCACCCACUACUACACUUACUAUAACACCUACUAUAACACCGGUUACAACCACACCUACAACAAGUACUACUACAACAACAACUGCACCACCUAUUACCACACCUGUUGUAACAACAACACCUACAACAACCGCUAUUGCAACUACUACAAUACCCACAACUCCUUCCACAACCUCUCCUACAACGAAAACUACCCCAGUACCAAGUACUGA